CCUCUAGAUCACACACUAAUAAUGCUGGUAAUAAUGCAGUUUCUGAUUUCUUUAGUUCUCACACCAUCAUAACUUUCUCCACUUUACACCUCCUCUGCAACAUGUAUGCACACACCCUUCUGAAAAUAGCUGUUUUUUCGAGUUUCGACUUUUGCUCAGCGGAUAGCAUGUAUACACUUGACCAUCGUUGAUGAUACAUUUCAGUAACAAUAAAAGUACUUCAGUCUAAAACCCCUGCAACUUUUCACCAUCUUUGUUGAGAAAAUUUAGUGCACAGCUAUCAUGGGGAGGCUUGUAGUUGAAGUCCUUGAGGCCAAUGACCUGAUGCCGAAAGAUGGACAAGGCUCGGCAAGUCCCUUUGUUGAGGUAGAUAUAGAUGAUCAGCAUCAAAGGACACAGACAAGGAUUAAGGAUCUUAACCCCUCGUGGCACGAAAAAUUUGUCUUUAAAUUCGAUGACUUGCAGGAUCUUUCUAGGAAAACUAUUGAAGUUGUCAUCUACAAUGAAAAUACUAGUCAUGGCAACCACAAUUUUCUUGGUCGAGUUCGGUUAUCUGGUCUGUCAGUUCCUAAGUCCGAGUCUGAAGCAACGGUGCAACGAUAUCCUCUUGAGAAACGAGGUAUAUUUUCUCAUAUUCGUGGUGAUAUCGCGCUCAGGCUGUAUCUUGCUGAUGGCAAAGAUGAGGAUGGCGCUUCAUCAGAUCAAGCUGAAUUACCAAAAGAAAAGACGAAGAAAGGCAUGGAAAGUAGAGAAACUCCGGUGCAAGAAAAUGUUAAAAGGUAUGAUAAGAAGGCUCAGGAUGAUGAGUUUAAUGAUUUUAGCAAACAGAAGAUAAAAAGGAAGAAGGAGAAAGAGAUUAGGACUUUCUACUCUGUUGGAACUGGUGGCCCAACUGGUCCUAUGCCUCCAAUGCAGAAGCCAGUAGUUCUUGAAACCAGGCCUCAGUUUAUCCCACCAAGGCCACCUAUGGUUAUGCAAAAUCAAAUUCCCAUGCAGAAGCCUGAAUUCGGGUUGGUUGAGACGCGGCCACCAGUGGCAGCAAGGAUGGGGUAUUUGGGAGGUGACAAGAUGGCGAGUACUUAUGAUUUGGUGGAGAAAGUGCAUUACUUGUACAUCAAUGUGGUGAAAGCUAGAGAUCUUCCUGCUUUGGAUGUGAAUGGAAGUCUUGACCCUUAUGUUGAAGUAAAGGUGGGAAACUACAGGGGCUUGACAAAACACUUGGAGCAUAACCAGGAUCCGAUGUGGAACAGUGUGUUUGCGUUCUCUAAAGAAAGGCUGCAGUCAAAUGUGAUUGAGGUGAUAGUGAGGGCUAAAGAUUUGGGGAAGGAUGAUUAUGUUGGGAAGGUGGUUUUCGAUGUAGUGGAAGUGCCUCUUCGGGUGCCACCUGAUAGUCCUCUGGCUCCCCAGUGGUAUAGAUUGGCUGGUCAGGGAGAGAUUAUGCUUGCAGUUUGGCUUGGAACCCAGGCUGAUGAGGCUUUUCCUGAGGCAUGGCAUAGUGAUGCUCAUGAUAUUAAUCAUCAUAACCUAGCGAGUACACGCUCAAAGGUUUAUUUCUCGCCUAAGUUGUACUAUCUUCGCGUCCAUGUCAUUGAAGCCCAAGAUCUUGUGCCUUCUGAUAGAACAAGACUACCACAGCCAUAUGUGAGAAUACAGCUAGGACAUCAGAUCAGGGUCACCCGGCCUUCCCAAACGAGGAACAUAAAUGCUGCUUGGAAUGAAGAGCUUAUGUUUGUAGCUUCUGAGCCUUUUGAAGACGUCCUUAUUGUGAGUGUUGAAGACCGUGGUGAAGGGGGAAGGGAGGAUAAUAUGGGAAGAGCAAUGGUACCGGUCAGAGAGAUUCCACCAAGGGUGGAUUCAAGUAAGCUCCCGGAUCCUCGCUGGUUAAAUCUUCAGAGACCUUCUCACUCUGUGCAUGAAGAUGGCGAGAAAGAAGUCAAGUUUUCUAGCAAAAUCCGCCUCUGCCUCUGCUUAGACGUCGGGUACCAUGUCUUAGACGAAACGACUCAUUUCAGUAGUGAUCUUCAGCCAUCAUCCAAGUACUUGAGGAAACAAAGAAUAGGAAUUCUUGAAGUAGGGAUAUUGAGUGCUCAAAAUCUGCUACCAAUGAAAAUCCGAGAAGGUGGAAGUACAGAUGCAUAUUGUGUAGCCAAGUACGGAAAUAAAUGGGUACGUACUAGAACUCUUCUUAACACACUGUCUCCCAGGUGGAACGAGCAGUAUACGUGGGAAGUUUAUGAUCCCUGCACUGUAAUUACUAUUGGUGUAUUCGACAAUCAUCAUGUUAAUGGAAACAAAGAGGAUGCAAGAGAUCAGAGGAUCGGGAAAGUAAGGAUUCGUCUAUCAACUCUUGAAACUGAUAGAAUUUAUACACAUAACUAUCCCUUGCUGGUUCUGCAACCCUCUGGUUUGAAGAAACACGGAGAGCUUCAUUUAGCCAUACGCUUCACUUGUGUAGCUUGGGUUAAUAUGUUGACCCAAUAUAGCAAGCCAUUACUCCCCAAAAUGCACUAUGUCCAGCCUAUUUCUGUCCGACACAUUGACUGGCUACGACACCAAGCAAUGCAGAUAGUUGCAGCACGGUUAAGCAGGGCAGAACCACCUCUAAGACGCGAAACAGUUGAGUACAUGCUUGAUGUGGACUAUCACAUGUGGAGCCUCAGGAGAAGCAAAGCAAAUUUUUACCGAAUAAUUUCACUCCUCUCAGGAUUUUCAGCUAUCUGGAAAUGGUUGGAUGGAAUUUGCAACUGGAGAAACCCUCUGACAACAUGCCUUGUGCACGUACUUUUCUUGAUCCUGGUUUGCUACCCUGAACUAAUCCUCCCUACAAUAUUUCUCUACUUGUGUGUGAUUGGUUUAUGGAACUACCAGUUCAGACCCCGAAAGCCUCCACAUAUGGAUGCACGAAUCUCACAGGCUGAGAACGUGCAUCCAGAUGAGCUAGACGAGGAAUUUGACACAUUUCCAUCUUCGCGACCUACAGACCUAAUUAGGAUGAGGUAUGAUCGGAUGCGUAGUGUGGCAGGAAGAGUGCAAACAGUCCUCGGAGAUUUAGCUACACAAGCGGAGAGAGCUUUGGCAAUACUUAGCUGGCGAGAUUCAAGAGCAACCGCAAUCUUCAUUAUAUUUGCUCUCAUGUGGGCAACUUUGUUUUACCUCACUCCCUUUCAGGUCAUUGCAGUGCUUCACGGGCUGUACUGGAUGCGCCAUCCGAAGUUCAGAAACAAGAUGCCUUCUGUUCCUGUCAAUUUCUUCAAAAGACUCCCAUCAAAGUCUGAUAUGCUGUUAUCCUAGUAGAGUGUAGUUUAACAUUAUAUCCUAGUUAACAUAAAUCUCGUAAAGUGUGACAAUAGUUAAAAUGGAUUACCGUUAGGUUCUCAGUUCACCUAAAUCUCAAGUUGUCAGGAAGAGGGCUUACCAGAGUUAUAUUGUAUUCCUAACAAUUCCUGAUUUGUAGUAGAUAACUAUCCUAGCUGGUGUGA